AGAGAGAGAGAGAGAGAGAGAGAAUCAAAUCACAUAAGAGAGGGACACCACAAACACACACGGGGGUUUAGAUGGGGGUGGUGAGCGGAGCUGGGGGUUGGGGUAAACUGUUUCUUGUAAACUUUGCGAACUGCACCUUUGCGACAACAGAGGGCGAGCUGGCCACGGGAACAGCAAAGGUGUGGAGUACGUGAAUGUGUCAGGUAGAAAAAAAAAAGAGGGAAAAGAAAAGGAACACUUUCUGGACAGGAGCAGAAACAACAAAGAGACGAAAUCAAACGAGGGGAUACAAAGAGACGUAAAACUUCCUAGAUCAUCUCGGAUUCAGCUGUGGAGAUCUCGUAAAACCAACAGCGAGCCAUGGACGAUAACCUUGACCACGACCGACAGUUGGAUGAACUCAUCGUGUCCAGGGUGUUGGAGUCCGGCGCUAACAAGGAUGCCGUUCUGCCAAUGUUCUGCCAGAUGAACAGACUCACUGACUCCGGAUCAGAGAUUAUAUGGAUGGAAGUGGCCAGAUGGGUCCGGUUCGAGGAGACCCUAGACGAGGAGGCCAACCGAUGGUCAAAGCCUCACGUUCCGGCGCUGUCCUUCCGAGCCAUGUCGACGCUCAAACGGGAGCUCCGGCACGCACCAUUGUUGCUGGACCCUGAUGUUGUGGAUUUUGGCUCAAUCGUCGACAAACUCACGUCUUCGUGGAUCCAAGAUGGCUACCUAGACAGACGUCAUGAGGACGGAAUCAAGAUGGCGCUGAUGAAGCCACACCGGCAUGUGCACGAGAGGAAGCUUCCCCGCCCAGCCUCUGUGGGGACAAACUUGCUGGCCGUGAGGGACAGAGGAAUGGGCGGCUCCACAGUGUCCUUACAGUCCUUGGAGAGCUACGCCAGUGGGAGAGCAGACAACUCCCCGCACAACUCUAACGAAGACAUAUCGGACGUUGGUUCACAAAAGGGAACCCCCAGAACUGCGAGAAAAAACGUUCGUCUACAACGAAAAAUCCCCAAGAACGCAGUGGCCACCAAUGUGUUGAUUGGGGAACUGACAUGCCUGCGUCGACCUCUCAUCGGGCUGGUUCGCCUAUCACCGAGCCGCCAUCUUGGAUGGCUGUGCGAAGUUCGUCUGGCAACACAAUUCAUCUUUGUAUGCCUGGCACCUGAGAUCACCACAGACUUUGACGUCACAGAGAUUGGAAGAUGCGUGGGAUCACUGAUGACCGAUCCGAUCUUUCGAGAACUGGCCGACCAUUGCAGUACCAGGUUCGAGAUCCUGGCUGGUCUGACAGAGUUCACUAACCACUUAACUGCUCUUCCGUCGGGAGUCUGGGAUGCCAAGACUCGCAUAGAACCACCUGCCAAGGUGCCGCCUCAGGACUUCCGUCGACCUACGAAAAGAAUCCUGGAAGAGAAACGAGUGCAUGUGGAGACGGAGAUGCUUCAUGAGGAGGAGAUUGAAGGCUUGGAAAGAACUGGAAGGCUGUUCGGUGGUGUCAUUGACGAUGUGAAGAGAAAGUUGCCAUGGUUCGCCAGCGACUUCAAAGACAGCCUGCACGUUCAGUGUUUAGCUUCUACUGUUUUCCUUUUCCUAGCCACUCUGACCCCAAACGUGACCUUUGGCGGGUUGCUUGGGCAAGAAACAGAUCAGUACAUGGGUACCAUGGAGUGUAUCCUUGCAGCUGCUCUGUCGGGUGUUGUAUUUGCCCUGUUUGCUGGACAGCCACUGAACAUUCUCGGUUCCACAGGACCCAUGCUUGUUCUAGAGACCAUUAUAUUUGACUUCUGCAAGGACCAGAACUGGGAUUUUCUGCCCUUUCGAGUCUGGAUAGGAAUCUGGACAACGUCCAUCUUGCUGCUGAUAGUUGCCUUUGACCUUUCGGCCUUGACACGUUUCAUCACACGUUUUACAGAAGAAUGCUUUGCGUGCCUUAUUGCAAUCAUAUUUAUCUAUGAGGCUUUUGCUAAGGUCAUUAAAAUCAACUCAAAAUACCCGGCACAUCUGGGUGGAAGUGACCUCCCAGCCUGCCCAGCAGACGACACAACAGACGGUAUGGCGACCACGUCACAAAUCGUUGAGCUCCUCAACCUCACCACAACCGCAUCCCCAGGAAUAAAUACGUCAUCGCUUUUGAACGCCACCGACGUCACGACUAUGGCCCCUUUUACCAGCACAGCAGCAGCUAAUCUCAGCUCUGUAUUGGUUACUCUGGCUGCCAACACGAGCUCGGAAAUGGGCCUUAAUGGCUCAAAUAUGACGACCAUUACAACUCCGGCCCCCUUUGCUUGCAAGGAGUACAAACCAGAUGUAUUCUUCUUGUCCAUCCUUGAAUUUCUCUUCACAUUUGUUAUUGCUUACUCUCUGGUCAAGUUCAGGAAUAGUAUUUUCUUUCCAAAUGUGGUCAGGCGCAUGUUCAGUGACUUCGGUGUCCUCCUCGCCAUACUCAUCGUGGUGGGCGUGGACGUUUUGCUCGGGGUGGACACGCCUAAACUGGAGGUCCCAGAGGAGUUCAGGCCAACCCGAUUGGACAGACCCUGGUUCAUCGGGCCGAUGUCAGACAAGAACCCCUGGUGGCUGUGUCUUGCCGCGGCAGUCCCGGCCACUUUGGCUACCAUUCUGAUCUUCAUGGACCAACAGAUCACAGCAGUCAUCGUGAACAGGAAAGAGCAUAAACUGAAGAAAGGCUUUGGCUACCACCUUGAUCUGCUGGUGUUGGCUAUUCUCAUUCUGGUGAUGUCCGUGCUUGGCCUACCCUGGUAUGUGGCCGCUACCGUCUCUGCCCUCGCUCACGUCAUGAGUCUGAAGGUUGAGUCUGACUGCACAGCCCCGGGAGAGAAGCCAGAGUUCCUUGGUGUCAGGGAACAAAGAGUUACUGCCCUUCUCGUUGGAAUUCUUAGCGGGUUGUCGGUCUUGCUGACCAGUGUUUUGAAGUUCAUUCCUCUUCCUGUACUUUACGGAGUCUUCCUUUUCAUGGGUGUUCGUGCCCUCAGCGGUAUGCAGCUCGUUGACAGGUUCCUUCUGUACCUGAUCAGUCCCAAGUACCAGCCAGACCACGCCUACCUUAGGCACGUGCAGCUCACUCGUGUGCACAUCUUCACACUUAUACAGAUCAUGUGUCUGGCCGGACUCUGGAUCAUCAAGUCUUUCAAAGAAACAUCCAUCGCUUUCCCUAUCAUGGUGCUGGCCAUCUGCUUCAUCCGUAAGAUUCUGGACUGCAUCUUCACCCAAUAUGAGCUUAGUUGGCUGGACCAUCUGCUCCCCUCUAUAAAAAAGGACAAGGCCCAG